UGGACACAUCUCGUCCUUCAGUUCAAGAAACCGAGAAACUUCAAUUGACUCGCAAACAUCACGCCAUCUGCCAACAUUCCUCUGCAUAAUUUGCCAUGGCGACAACCUCGAACUCCACAUCCACGGGGACCAUUGUCUUUUAUGACAUCGGGCAUAAGCCCCCCGUAACUGAGUCGUGCUGCUCACCGAAUCCGUGGAAGACUCGCCUUGCGCUCAACUUCAAAGCUGUUCCGUACUCGACGUCGUGGGUUGCCAUGCCCGACAUCGCGAAAGUACGCCGCAGCCUGGGCGAAAGUGCCGGUCGCAAGUUUGCUGACGGUUCUGAUUUCUAUACCUUGCCUAUGAUCCAUGAUGAUGCCACUGGUUCUACAAUCAGCGACUCCUUUGACAUUGCUGUCUACCUGCAGCAUACAUAUCCCGACUCGGGCGCUGGCGACUUGUUUCCGCCUCAAACUCUCGAUUUCACUUUUACGCCUCCCUUUGACCUGGCUGUGCCACUGUCAGAACGCGGAGAUGGUGGCUUUCCCGAGUAUUAUCGAUUCAAUACAAACGUGGAUGCGGUAUUCACCACCCACACUCUGCUCAUGGUGAGCGGCAUGCCGCUUGAUCCGGCGACGAUUGAGCAAACCAAGGCUGAAUUUGUCCGUCGUGCUGGUGUCCGCUCUUGGGAUGAUUUCACCUUGACCAGCGAGGCCCGCGAGAAGCUCAUGGAAUCCUUUCAGGGCGCGCUGGGCGACCUGGCCAAGCUGUUCCUUGAAAAUACUGAAGGCCCUUUCUUGCUAGGGCAGCGAGCUAGCUACGCGGACUUGAUUGUCGGUGCUUGGUUGCGAAUGGCAUACGUAUGUUUGCCCAAGUCUGAGUGGGAGGAAGUGAGAUGCUGGCAUGAUGGUGUUUUCGGGCGGCUGCAUGACGCGCUGGAUACGUUUGCGGAAGUGAAAUAAAACCUUUCAGAUUGAGCAAUGAUAGGGCUGUAAAGACUCAACUUGAUAAAAAUUAAACUACAACAUUGUAUAGAUCAUGUAUCAAUGACCCACCCUGCAGCAAAUUUUUAAAUACAUUAUAUCCGAAUCAGCUACACUGCAUCUCCAGAUGCAGGAGAAGUCGAG